ACGCACAAUUUGCAUCGAGGGACCGACGAAGAGAAGAUUUGCAGUCAAAGGACUGCCGAUCGUUGGGACGAUUUUGAUAAGGCAAUGAAAAAUGCUCAUGGAGAAAAUUGGGAAGAGGAGCACCCAGAUUUAGAUGGACAAAUCAUCUAUGAGGCAGCAGGUAGAAUGCCACAUGGCAGGCUGGGAAUUGCUAAUGAGUUAUUUAGCAAAGCAGAGAAGGCGAAGUUUAAGUCUAAAAGGGUGAUGGCCUCACAACCGGUGCGGUCUGCUAGGGAGGACCGUCUAGAAAGAGAGAACAAACAUUUGAAGCGGGAGAACAAGCGUCUUCGAGGCAUUGAGCUUGUUGUGCAGUCAUUGGCUGAGAAAGGGGGAGUGGACUUUGAUGGCAUAAUGCAAUCAGCUGCGGCUGACUUGUCUACAUCAGAUUCGGAAGGCGGAAUUCGUAGGGGACGAGGUGAUGUGCAUCAAAGCGAACCUGAAAAGGGAAUGGGAAGCAGGACUGGAGGCAGUACCAGUCAUGGACAUGAUGAUGAGGAUGACUACUAUGGCAGCGAGGGAGAUGAUGACUAUGGCGAGGGUGGUCUAUAUGGUUAUGAGCAGUAUGAUUACUAUGGUGGUGAGGGAUAUAAUAAUGACUAUGAAGAUGAGGAAUAUAAUGAGUAUGGCAAUCAUAAUGAUGAUUGGCCAUAAAAGUCUAGUGAUCUUCCAGUCAUGCCAAAAUCAAGUUAUGUUAGAUGUUUGAAAUACUUUAUCUUAUGGACCAACUUGUCUUAGUGGACAAUUUAUCUUCGCAAAAUGUGACCUAUCUCAGUUAUUAUUUUGUUCUGAAUUCGACAUUUGAUACUUAUGGUUAAUGCCAUCUGGAUUCAACUCAA